AUGAAUGGAAAAACAACCAUUUCCCAACGGUGGCUUUCUACCAUGAGCCAUUUCAAGAAUCAUGUUUCUCCAUCGUUAACCCCUACCAUAAAGCAAUGGCUCAAUCGUACUUUGGAGCCAGGAUCCCAAGGUGCUGUUUCUGGUCAUGUGAAAUCAGUCCGUCAAAUGAAGUCAAUUCAAUUUGUUGACAUUAGUGACGGCUCAAGCCCAAAUCUGUUGCUGGUAGUAAUAAAGAAGAACGCAGACGAUCCCAAACUAGAUCUUAGAGUGGGUCAAAGUAUUCAUGUUAAUGGUCAAUGGGCUUUGUCUAAAGGAAAUGAACAAACUAUUGAAUUAAAAUGCACCACAACAGACCCUUCAAGUAUUUCUGUUAUUGGUGAUGUUCCUGAUUCAUACCCAAUGCAAAAGAAAUCGCAUUCCUUACAAUUCUUAAGAACUCAACCCACGCUUAGACACCGUACCAAUUUGCUUUCCAGUGUUUUACGAUUCCGUUCAUUUGUCGAGAGUCGUUUCAUUGAAUACUAUGAGGAGAAGGGCUUUUGCAAGGUUUCACCACCAAUAAUCACAAGCUCCGAUUGUGAAGGAGCUGGUGAUAUGUUUAAAAUCGAAGCACCACCAAAAGGUCAUUCGGAAAUUCAUCAUAAACAAGGUUUCUUUGGCAGGCCAACGUUUCUUACAGUAUCUACACAGCUUCAUCUUGAGGUGCUAGCUUUAUCUCUCAAUCGAGUUUGGACAUUAACUCCGUGUUUCAGAGCCGAGAAUUCCAAUACCAACCGUCAUUUAAGUGAGUUUUGGAUGCUUGAAGCUGAAAUUUGUUACGUAGACGAUGUUUCACAAUUGACAGACUUCUGUGAAGAUAUGAUACGGUCUGUGACUGAAAAGAUUGUCUCAUCGAAUGCUGCAACAGAUAUUAUGUCAUCUCGAUUCGAUAAGGAAGAAGUCGAAGCAAUGCAGAAUAGAUGGGCAACCAUUCUUAGCGAUAAAAAAUGGCCCUCCAUCACUUAUAAUGAUGCAUGUGAACUUAUAAACUUAGUCAUGUACAAAGAUGAACCUCAGAAUCGCUUGAGUUGGGGUGAAUCGAUUCAAACAGUACAUGAAAAAUGGUUAGCUGGAGAAUAUUUCAGAUCACCAAUAUUUAUAACGGAUUAUCCCGUGGGAGAAAAGCCAUUUUACAUGCCUAAAUCUAAGAACUUCGAUCGCGAGAAACCUACAGUGGCAUGUUUUGAUCUCAUAUUCCCUGAAAUUGGUGAACUUAUAGGUGGAUCUUUAAGAGAGCAUCGUUACGACGAGCUUGUGGCUGCAAUGACAUCGAGGGGAAUGAACGUUAACGACAUGCAAUGGUACUUGAGUACACGGGAGAAUGGCAGCGUGCCUCAUGGAGGAUUUGGAAUGGGGUUUGAAAGGCUUAUUGCAUAUCUUGGAGCAGUAGAGAAUAUUAAGGAUAUUAUUCCAUUUCCCAGAUCCCCACUAACGUGUGACUGUUAA